AUGGGGCUCAUGAAGAACGCGUUCAGGAAAGCUAUUGGCAAUGAAAAUAUUACCUUCAAGCAACUGAAAGAGGUACUGUUAGAAGUUGAAAUAACCUUGAAAAAUCGACCGUUAGGAUACUUGGACAAUGAUAUCGAACUUCAACCUUCGACUCCAAAUGGAAUGAUCCAUGGUGCUAACAUCAGCCUACCUGAGGACGAUACAGACAAACAAGACAAAGUCAAGGCAAUGGUUAAGCGGGCCAGAUAUUUAAAACGGUGUAAGGAAUAA